GCGGCGCGUGUGCUGUACCACGAAAUUCGCGGAAAGGGAAAGGAGUCUUUAGAGCGAGUGGCAGAAAGAACGACCAGCAACAGACAGAGCAAGAGCAGCAACGACAAGACAGCUCGACAACUAUAAAUCCACCCAACCUUCCUCCAACCACCACCCUUUCCUCUCUUCGCCUCCUUCAACUCUCCCUUUUCAACACCCCCUCGACCCCUUCCUCUUAACACCACCAUCGCCAUCACCAGCAACCUCUUCCGCAAUCCACAUUCUUUACACCCCCUAACGAAGAGUAAAAAAAGACUCCUGCUCUCGACCUCUCACAAUGUCUCUCGAGGACGAACUCCUAGCGCUUGCCGGCGACUCGGAUGAAGAAGAUGACGACGUCAAGUCGGAAUCUUCCCCGCCACCAGCGAGACAACCCACACCCGCGCCGACUGCCGCCACGCCUUCGUCACCGAAAAAGAGAUCGCGGGCCCCGGCGCGACAGAGCCGGAAAAAGCAGCGCCGCAACGACGACAGUGACGAUGAUGAUGCCAAGGAUGAAGGUAGCGAAACUCUCUCCGACGAGGAGUCCGACGCCGCUUCCUCCGACAACGAACGCGAGACUCCCAUGGACAUGGGCUCCGAAUCCGGUUCCGACGAAGAUGAAGACGGUGAACCUCCGCUGUAUCCCCUCGAGGGAAAAUACAAAGACCAUGCCGACAAGGAGCGCCUGCGAGCUAUGACCGAGAUCGACCGAGAAGCUGUCCUCGCCGAGCGCAUGGCCCAGAUUGAACGCGAACAGCAGGACCGACACUUACGCAACCUGUUGAAAUCUCGCAACGCGGCCGAUCGUGCCAAAGGUGCUGCUGCAGCCGCUGCCUCGAUCCGGAAGUCGUUGCGAACUAAGAGUGCACCGAAGCAGACCCAGGAGACGACGAAACGCGGAAAGCUUGACGAGUUGCGGAGGAACAGGGAGGAGCGUAAGGCGACCGGACGGAGGAACUCCUUCGGUGAUGAGGAUGCGAGCAAGAAGUUGUUGUCGGACGGAGAGGAGGACUUUACUCCAGAGGCCCCCGCCAAAGAGGAACGCCCCAUUGAGCUUUCCGACAUCAACCAGUGCAGGAUUGGCCGCACAUCACUGUCCAAGCACCUGGAUUACCCCAAUUUCUUUGAUGUGGUCACCGAUGUCUUUGUUCGCGUCACCAUGUUCGACAAGGAAUCAAAUCGAAAUGUAUACAGGAUGGCGCAGAUAAAAGGUUUCCGGACUGGCAAGCCAUACAGCAUGCUUGAUGGUGCGCGGAAGACAGAUCAAUACCUCUGUGUCAUUCACGGCAAGUCGGAGCGUGAAUUCCCCAUGGACAUGAUGUCGGAUUCCAGGUUUACCGAGGGCGAGUUCAACCGGUUCAAGAACCAGCUCGAGAUCGACAAAGUAUCACUGCCGACCCUCACCUACGUGCGCAACAAGAUGAAGGCACUCCACAAUCUCACCACUCGUUCGCUCACCACCAGCGAGCUCGAUGCCAUGCUCGCAAAGCGUAACGCCGGCAAGCACGAUUAUGUCAUCAACAUCACCAAACGUCGCUACCUGAUGGAUAUGCGCGACAAGGCCAUACAGGACGACGACGAAGCCGAGGUCAGCCGCCUCGAUCGCGAGCUCCAAGAGCUCGAGGACUUGAAGGCGGGACCCGCGCGCGCCGAAACUCAGAUGCAACGUAUGGCUCGCCUCAACAUCGAGAACCGAAAGCGGAAUAUGGCCGAAGUCAGGCGUGCAGAGAUUGCAGAGAAGAAGGCGGCCAGACAGGCUCUCCUCAGGGCCGAGGCUGAGGGUGGCAGCUUCGCCAACCCUUUCAUGCGCGUCAAGACCACCGUCAAGUUCCGGCACGACAUGAUCCAUGAAGACAAGAAGGAGGAGGUCGUCGUCGGUGCUUCUGCGCCCAAGGAGAACCUGACCCCUCCUAUUGCUGGACAGGGGCUUGUGGGCAGCCUUCCGAUUAGGGGACGUCGUGGCGGCGGUGUCGACGACGUCAUCGCGAGUAUGGACCUGGGCAUUGACAUCGACAUCUGAUUACCCAUACACGGGUUCGCGUAUUGACGAUGUCCAUUCUUGUACUUGUAUCACUUUUAUUUGUGUCGGGAGGGGAGGGGCGUGGGGGGAUAGGCUUAGCAUAGCGAAUGAUUUUCCAUGUGUUCUGGUUUCAAAUGUACCAGUUGUCUUUUUACUUACAUCUUUCGGGUUUAUGGGGUUUUCGGGGGUGUCUUCAAUGGGAUGGCAUACAAAAGAGAGAUAAUGAAUGUCGGAUGGGUUCAUGACUCUGCGUAAUAGUUGGGACAGACAGACAGGCAGUGGGUGCUAUUGUGUAUAUACUUGGGCACCUCCAACACUGACAGACAGGUCAAUCCUGAGUCUGGAUAUCACCCAGUCGUUUGUCGUUCAUCGUUUCUGCUGUUCUCGGGGUGACGUGGGGAUCGUUGGAUAAGCAAUCGAUCGUGUAUGUAUCGUAUCUCUUCAACACGGUAGCCGCUGGGAAUCGUC